AUGGAUGAACAUGUACCGUCAUCGGCUUCGAGUGGAACGGCUUCCAUCGAAUUCAUGAAACCUAACUGUGAAAUUCAUAGUUUUGGCACAGAAGUUGCUGCAACUCCAGUGCACUUCCAAGUGCUGAAGAUGGAGAAUAGCCUUUUAAUAUGGAUAGGUUCAGGGACAGACCCAACCUUCAGUGACUUAGGAAUGGCAUUAAACACCAGCUAUGACAGAUUACCUCUUUGUACCAGACUUAUGGGGGCCCAGAGUGACAUGGCGUCUUUGAACCUUGCUAGUCGAUUAACAAAGAAGUCCCAAAUGGCAGUAUAUGUGAGCUACAAUCUGCCGUCUGAUAGACUGAUCUUGCCAGCCAUUGAGAAACGACUGCAAGAAGAAAUUAAGGCUUAUCCAGAAAAGUUUGGCAUUGUUUGA